CAAAAUGGCGGAAAUCAACGAGCGAGCGUCUACGUCAUCACCGCCAGUUCCAUCGACACCGGCUCCUGUGCCACAUAUCAGACAAUUGGCAGACAAUAUGACUGACAAAGUUGGACAGUUCUUUCAACAUCAACUUGAGGGAUCUAUCGAAGAGUAUAAGCUUCUGGAAACAAUGAAUAAUACUACAGCUCAACGCUAUGUGGAUAUGAAAGUUGUCGCGGAGAAGGUGGCUGGAAAACUGGAUAAUUUGAAUCAAAAAUACGAGAAUCUGCGUCCAUAUCUUUCCCAAAUUGAUGCUAUGGAUGAGAGCACCCGGAGAUUGGAGGAAGCUACCGCUGUUCUUGAAAAUUAUGUUACCCAACUCGAAUCCAAGCUCACCAACAUCCAACAGCAAAGCCAAUAAGCCAGCUCAAUCUCAAACUAUUUCCAGCUUUUCUGUAACUAAAUUAAUGUGUGAUUUCUUAUUCACAUUCCGUUCAAUAAUUUAUGUAACUCUAGUCAUUAUAUUCAGCAUAACUUAUUUUUACAUUUUCUUGUCAAAGUUUCUAUUUCUCAUUAAUGCUAAUUUUGCUCCCUCCCUUUUGCUAUAAAAUAACUUAUGAAU